AUGCCAGCACCACUCGCAAAAGGUAUGGCCUUUCACUUCCUGAACUUCGACGACGGCGUCCCGGAUCAUCCGGGCGGAAUCAUUAUCACUGUUUCCGUGCUUGUAGCAGCCGGAAUUGCAGUUUACGAGUCGCCACAGUUUCAGCAAUGGGUGACCACCUCGCGGCGCAAGAUCGCCUUAGCUCUGCACAAACUCGGCGAUGAGGUCCAGCCUCAAGAGAUACCAUUGAGGCAAGAUAUUUCUAUGACUGAGGAGACUGGCGACACUGCCGAAGAACGCAGACGGAUUGCUCGUGCAGAGAUUAUGCGGCGAGGAGCGCUCCUUGAAUCACGACGGAAGUCCAACCGGCCAGGCCGGCCUUCUAAUAGCUUUGAUGCUCUCGUCGACGACGAGGGCAACCUGCGUAAACAAAAAGAUGACGAAUAUGAUGCUCAGCCCAACACAGGAUUUACUGCUAACUCAACGGGGGUUGACCUGGGCAAUUCAGAGCCCCUCCGCCGAGGUGGGAAACAAAUCGAGGCCGUGUCUUCGACUACGCUGGGUCGGAAUCAGCUACAUCUCGAUAUUCCCUCGUCCCCUAUCUCGAACCAUCCUUCCGAAUCUAUUAUUCAGUUUACGCCCAGGUCUGAAGUACCCGAGGGAGGUCUCUUUGAUCCGUUCUCUCCCAACUCUCCCUUAUCUAUCUCUGGCUCUAGUCACACAGAAGACCACCAGCCGGUAUUUUAUGCGCACCCCGAUACACCAAGCAGCAGAACCUAUGAACAUGACCGUCUUGUUGAGCUAGGUGGUUUCGGUCACGGGAGUGUUCAUUCUCAUGAUGAUAUUUCGGCCGCUCCUUCUACCGGUGGAAGUUUCAGCCAUGUGGGAGGAUUCGAGGAUGAAACGUCAGAUGAUAGCCUUAGUGAUCUUGGCGGGCGAUCUGUCGGUGGUGUGGCUACUCCGGCAUGGUCUGAUGUGGAUAGCGUAAUUAGCAACGAGGAUGCUGGACAUCAUCGGUUGCUCUAA